GUUUUAUUUCCGGAUCCACCGCUGUGACUUCCGUGUUGUUAACAAGGUACAACUAUUACGAAGCCCGGUUUAUUAACAGUAAAGUUUUGAAAACAGUAAGCAACUGAAGGGAUUAUCGUUAAUACGGCACACUGAAACCUCUCUAAUCCAGUACUCAGAUUUUGAGAUCACACGCAGGUCACAGUGGAUGGCCCAGCUGGUAACGGUUAACAUCCUUUGCGCCUGUACGUGAAACAUCAGUCCGCAAUGGCCAGUCACUUCCGUAGCUACAUCUGGGACCCGGUCCUCAUUGUGAGUCAGAUUGUGUUGAUGCAGUGCAUCUACUACAGCUUCUUGGGCCUGUGGUUAGCUGGAGUGGACAGUCUGGUGCAAAGUAGUCGGUCACUGGACCAGAUCUUCAGCUAUGAAAUACUUGGUUUUGCAACAAUACAUGGCAGGCUCUCAAUGAUGGCAUUCAUCUUGAACUCUCUUACCUGCGCCCUCGGCCUGUGGUUCUUCAUCCGUCGGGGGAAACAGUGCCUGGACUUCACAGUCACUGUGCACUUCUUCCAUAUGAUUGGCUGCUGGAUCUAUAAUGCUCACCUUCCAGCUGCCCUGUCCUGGUGGCUCGUCAAUAUAGCCUGCAUGGCGCUGAUGGCUGUAAUCGGAGAGUACUUGUGCAUGCGGACGGAGCUCAGGGCCAUUCCAGUCAAUAGUGGACCCAAGUCUAACCUGUGAAUUUUUGUUGACACCACUCUGAAAGUCUGUGGAUGGUUAACCCCUGAAGAACUCGCUAGAAGAAGUUUUUUUACUGCUUGCAAAAAAAAAUGGAGCUUCAGCGAAGUUGUUGGAUUGUCAUCCAUCUCCACUUCAAGUGAUACACCAGAUGAACUGAUCUAUUUAUUCAUAGCUGUCUGCUAAAUGUUGGACAGUAUUAACUCUGUAGCAUAUUAAGAUACAUGUUUUAUUGCUUAUAAAAGCAGGAGUCAGUUUACACCUUUCUCUAAACCUAAUGGCUAUAUAUUUCUUUCUUAGUAAUUGUUUUUUUGUUUUAAUUUUAAGUACAUGAGCAUCCCAUUCGCUCAUUUUAAGAUUUGCGAUAGUUCUUUUUUGUUCCGGGUAUGUGCACGUCUUUAAAUGACAAAAUGAAACUGUUAAGAAACUUUAAAGCAAAUACAAACUGUCUUAAAAAGCAGAAGAAGAGCAACAACAGCAACAUUGUUCCUCUCUCUUUGUGUUGGUAUAAAUACAUGCUGGCUGGGUUGUCAAACAAACUUGAAUAUCAUGUUACAGGAUAUUGUGGUUUUAAAAUUUUAAUGUUCCAGUCACACCUCUCUGCAAUUUAGAAAUGCCAAUGUGCAAAGUUUCCUAUCGCAGCUUUUAUCAAGUUUUCUUACAGCUGCAUCUUAAAGCAGAAACCGAUCACACAGGACACACUGCAUCUGUUUGCAAAUAAACUGCGUGGCGGUAAAGUAACACAUUUUCUGCCGUUGAUUUUAAUUUGAACAAGGGGUAUGGUUGUUCCGCUACCUGGGGGUAUCUACUGUAAGCUGUUUUGUUGAGUUGCCUCUUAGCAAAAUGCUCUCUGGUAGACAGUGAUGCAGUGAAUAUGUCCUGAGCUUUUAUUGUGAAAGGGAGAUCACGACCUGGAGGCAGACAGAAUUGCAUUGUAAACCUAAUCUUAUGGGGAACCUAUCUAAACGGUGAUGUCAUUAUUCUACAGCCAUUACGUUAUGCAAUCAACCCUUACUUCAUAAUAAUUAGUUAAAGCAAAUGUUGGGCAACAAGUUCAGUGUUCAAACAGGUAUACUAUAGUUUUCUGACACAAAAAUCAAUCAUUGUGCAAAAUGUAGGAAAGAGUUUUCUGCUUCAUAUUAUAUUUAUAAUAUACAAUCAGGCUUUCUGGAUUAAGCUUGAUCAUUCAGUCUCACAAUGCUUAGUUUAUUCCUUCAUUGUCAAGCUUGUACAGCAUUUUGCACAGCGAUUGCUCUUUGUUUCCGUCUCUUUAUGUCAUGAUGUAUUAUGCAGUCAUGGUGGCCACUUUGGGGACAGCUUGUCAGCCACCACCAGCUGUGUUCUGACAGCAGACUGUGUCUGAAAACACUAUUACUGAUUGUGGACGGGAAAAGUACUGAAAUGUGCUGCACUGGUGGUUUUUGGAUGAUAAUGAUAGGCUUUCAGAAACCUGUUAAUGAACUGCCUAUUACUUGAGUAGUGCCGGUCCUGUUACGCACAUCUUUUUUUAAUUCUGUGUGGUGACCAUCGGAUCAAAUCUCUGCAGCUUUCAAAGUGUGGACUACGCAGUGUCAGGUUUUGAAAUCAGGUUUCUAAAGUGUAAUUUAAGUACAUCAUUAUGCUACGGGGUUGAUAUUUAAAAGUUGUAAAACAGUUGGACAUUUUGGGAAAUACACUUAUUCACUUUCUUGCGGAGAGUUAGAUGAGAAGAUCGAUUUAAAACUUUAAAAAAAGCUAGACAGUUGUCCAAAGGUAAAGAGAUUUAACCCAGCACCUGUGCUCAUGAUUCACACACCAUAUCUCGAUCGAUUAAAACUGAAGUGUAAAAAUCUUUGGGUGUUCUGGGUUAUGUGUAGAACUGUUUCUUUGUUGGGCGCGGUGAUAUCCUGCGAGGUGCAUUUCAUUACCUUUGGACGGAGCCAGGCUCGCUGUUUCUUUAUGGUAAACUAAGCCCACCGGCUGCUGGCUGUAGAUUCAUACUCGCUCAAACACGAGUGAUAUAAAUCCUCUCAUCAGACGCUGCAAGAAAGCAAGUAAGCGUUUGUCCAAAAAACGUCAAACUGUUCCUUUUAAGUUAUGUUAUAACUCAUGACUACUCUCUACGCCGGUGUCAUCUACUAUUUAAUUAUUUCUUACAACGUCUGAAAGUUUUCAAAUGCAAAGCCACCUUUUGUGUUCUUUAACAUAAACUUCAGUUUUUAUAAUGUAUUUAAAUACAAAGAACCUAUUAAUGUAAUUAAAGUCUGUGACUUGUUUCCUGUGCAGAAACAUCACUGACAAAGGUUUACAUAUGUUUUCCUCCUCUCCGAGUUGGCACCAGCAUAAAGGAAUUAUGGUACAGUGCAAGUACUUUUGUGCAUGUGCUGUUUUAAUAAAUCACGACCAGUUCGUAUGAAACCGUGUAAAUCUCAGUCAGGAAACUGUAGGUGAGAAAAUAAUUGGUCAUUAUGCUUCAGAUGUCAGAGAUGGGUCCUCUAAUGAGGGGCACAGCACAAGCGUGUCUUUAGAUCUCUGAAAGGUUUCCACCCCGGGAUCUGAUCCAUCCUUUUCUCCAACCAGCGCUUCUUCUGGAAGUGUCCAGGUGGAAAGAAGCAGAUGGGAGAGCACUAACGAGUUGAAAAACACUGGUUGUGAUUCUCAUUACCAACACUUUGCUUCAGGGAGGGCUAAAAACAGAAACUGUAAGUGAGUGGAACAGCAGCAGAGGACUUACUGCAUCUAUUAAAGGCUCCACUAUUUCACCAUUUUUGCUAUCGAUCAUUUUGCUGAAGGUGAUGUAUACACACACACUAUGUUUGAAACAUGGUGCUUUAUUAUUGCAAACACAUUACUUUGCCAUAUAUAUUGCUUUAUACAGUCGUGUGUGCUUUUCUAUCAGUGAACUGAAAAACAACAUGGAUACUGAACUUUGUUUUUACAUUCAGAGUUCUUUCCAUGUUUAAACUCAAUAGGGUUAAUUUUGUAUGGUACAAUGCAUAUGAUAACACGAUCGUUUUCAUGCUUUCUUCAACAGCACACAGGGAACACAGUCCUCUCUUUUUAAAAGUGACCGUACAUAUUGCUCAUGCUUUGAGGACAUCACAACUGUUUUUGAAAUUCUCACCACCAGACGCACACAAUGGGUGACAUAAUGCUAUCACUCCUGAAACAUGAAAUAAAUUGAAACAGCUAGAACAAACAUGCUAAAGGAGGUGGAGGUGGGUGUGUAAUGGUUCUGCUGAUAAACUGAGACUCUAUAGCCCAACUUCAUGCACAGAGCAAUACCACUGCACAUGUCGUCCAAGGUCAAAUCAACAGACUGUUCAUUAUUCCGAAGCACUGUCACUAAAAUGAUCAUGCAUUUGGGAUCAAAGGUAUAAAAUAUUCAGGAAAUCAUCCAUAUUUUUGCUUAUGAGGACCAUCAGAAUUGAAGGAAAUAUGCAAAUAGGGACAGUUGUUUGGAAAAACAAACAAAACAAAUUGAAGCCUUCGCUCAUUAAUUUUCAGCUCGCUCUGAAUCUGGGUGACCACUGCAGAAAAAACAUCAGAUUUCUUUGAAGGGAAUUUAACUUGAAUACUAAUUUCACAUUGAUUCACAGACCCCUACAGUUAGUGAUCUCUCAUACGGCUUAUUGGCUUAAUGUGUCAAAUAAAUUAUUUCGUCGUUCUUGGCUGCUUUUGCAGUUUAGAAUCAAGCUGAAGUUUCUCAAAAUGAGAUUGAUUAAAAGCACGAAACAUAAGUGGAGCAGUACAGUUUGGAAUCUAUUUAGUUUGAUAUCAUAAUUAUACAAUGCAUUAAUGGGUCGAUCUUUAAUUUAAAUACUAUUGAUACAAAAGUGAUUUUAUGAAUAUCUUACAAAAGUAUGCGAUUGUUUUACUACUGCAUAUAAUUUGACUUUAUUUGAGAUACAUUUUAGGUGUUUAAAAUCCAAAUGAAUACUGUGUAUGAGUACUCGGGAAUUAAAUUAGAUUAUUUGGGGGAUUUUCAUUAUAUUUCUGCAUUCUUCCUUCUGUAAUAUAAUCCACCUCUGUGUAGUCUAUGACAUACUGUGUUGAUGCAGUACUGUAAAGAAAAGUUUUAAUUCACUAUAUAUUAUUGUGUCAAUUGCAAUUUAGCAUUGGCACACACAGCGGGGCAGGAUUUAGUGAAACAACACUGAAUGUUCACACUUUAGAUUUUCUUUAGACUGAAACAUCAACAGGUCAGAAGUUUGAUCGAGCGUUAGACUGAACCGAAGCGCGGGGCGAGGCUCAGGGAGAGCAAAGAGGAGAAGUGAACGUGUGAUGUGUCAAGAUGUCUGUUUUUGGUGUUUAUAGCAGCCGUGCAACAUCAGCCACAGGGGCCUGAAGUGUUGGAGGGGGGGUGGGAGUCCAAAGUGUUAAAGUGGCUUGAUUGUCACUCACACAAACAUUUAGAUCACAUUAACAUUCAGGUCAUUACACCUUUAGUACAUCUGAACGGUGUUUAGUCGCCAGCUUUAACGUCUGGUCACAUCAUGUUCAGAUUGUUUUUAAUGACGAGAACUAAUUAUUUCUAAGAUAUUGCUGUUAUUUUUGGUGAAGUGCUCCUUUAAAUGUUUUCUACCAAUGUGACAACUAAUUACACCACGAUGGCUUGUCUGUAUUUAUACAAACUCACUGAAGAUUAAAAUCUGUAUUUUGGUGUCUAACAUACAAUAUAGCUUUUAUUUAAAGGAAUAGUUCCACUUUUUCAGAAAUACGCUUAAAUUCAGUUUCUUGCUGAGGAGUAAACGUGACGAUCAAUACCACUCACAUGUCUGUAGACGUGUAUUUAUAUAUGUUUAUGAAUAUAAGCUAAAGGACAAGGAAGCAACUACCGUAGCCUAGUUCUGUCCAAAGAUAACAAAAUCCGCUCCCAUCACGUCUAAAGAUCACAAAUUCAAAUUGUAUUUGUUUAAUCCGUACAAAAAUGUAAAAAGUACAAGUUGUGGUCUUACAAGUAGGGAUGUGUCAAACUAUUUAUUUGCUGUGAGCAGCCGUAGGAGCCGUGUGCUAAGCUAAGCUAACUGGCUGCUGGCAGUAUCUUCAUAUUUAGUGUACAGACAUGAGAGUAGUAUAGAGAUCCUCAGCUAACUCCCAACUAUCCCUAUAAUGAUAACACCAUACAAUACAGUGUAGAGG